AUGUCACUGUUGGAUGUGUUGACCAUUGGACACACGGCAUCAGACGCUGUCACUUGGCUGCUGUUUCUUCUGUUGCUGCUGCUUCUCACAGUCUGGGAAUGGACACACUGGUCACACAUACCAGGUCCAUCCUUUCUGGCAGGAAUCGGUCCAAUUCUUUCCUACGCUCACUUCAUCUGGACCGGCAUCGGAACAGCCAGCAACUACUACAACAAGAAAUAUGGUAGCAUUGCGCGGGUGUGGAUCAACGGUGAGGAGACGCUUAUCAUCAGCAGGUCGUCUGCAGUGUAUCACAUCCUGAGAAGCGCCCAUUACGUUGCCCGAUUUGGGAAUAAAAAAGGCCUGGAGUGUAUCGGGAUGGAAGGGAAGGGUAUUAUUUUUAACAGUAAUGUGGUACUCUGGAAAAACAUCAGGAGGUAUUUUUUGAAAGCACUGACGGGACCAGGUCUUAAGAAGACGGUAUCCGUCUGCGUGCGUUCAACAGAAGAACAUUUGGAUCACCUCCAUGACAUGACAGAUCCAUCGGGACACGUGGACGCUCUCAAGCUGCUGAGAGCCAUCAUAGUGGAUAUCUCCAACAAAUUAUUUCUCAGGGUGCCUCUCAACGAAAGGGACUUGCUGCUCAAAAUUCACAACUAUUUUGAGACUUGGCAGGCAGUUCUGAUUAAGCCGGAUAUAUUCUUCAAAAUUGGAUGGCUCUACAAUAAACAUAAAAAAGCAGCCCAGGAACUGCAAGAUGAAAUGGAGAUGCUUCUUGACCUGAAAAGAAAAGCCAUAAAAGAAUCAGAGAAGCUGGAUGAAGAGCUUGACUUUGCAACAGAACUCAUCUUGGCGCAGAACCAAGGAGAACUCUCUAGUGACAAUGUGAGGCAGUGCGUGUUGGAGAUGGUGAUCGCCGCUCCGGACACGGUCUCCAUCAGCCUGUUCUUCAUGCUGAUGUUGCUCAACCAGAAUCCAGACACAGAGCACAACCUAAUGGAGGAGAUGGACUCGGUCCUCAAUGGAAGUGGAGCAGAAAAUGUGGAUUAUUCACGUCUGAAAGUGCUGGAGGUUUUCAUCAAUGAGUCCUUGAGGUAUCAUCCAGUGGUUGAUUUCACAAUGCGCAAAGCUCUGGAAGAUGAUGUCAUUGAAGGCAUCCGCGUUAAAAAGGGAACCAAUAUCAUUCUCAACAUCGGUCUCAUGCACAAAACAGAAUUCUUCCCCAAACCCAAAGAGUUUGACCUCCAGAAUUUCGAAAAACCGGUCCCUAAACGUUUCUUCCAGCCGUUUGGAUGUGGGCCUCGCUCCUGCGUGGGCAAGCAUAUCGCCAUGGUUAUGAUGAAGGCCAUCCUGGUUACGCUCCUGUCUCGUUUUAGCGUGUGUCCUCGCCAAGGCUGCACCGUCAACAGCAUCAGGCAGACCAACGACCUGUCGCAGCAGCCAGUUGAAGAUGAGCAGAGCCUGGCCAUGCGCUUCAUUCCAAGAAUGACACAACAAUGCCACGCGGACACUGUCGACUCCGAACAUAUGCUUGGGUGA